AUGAUCAUCAGCUUUGUUGCCCUCGCCUGCUCGGCUGCCCAGGCCAGCAGAGUCAAAGAAGAGAUUUUCUGGAAUGUCGACAACUUCAGAUUCGCGAACUCCUACUCCCUGGAUGUCAAUCUGGAAGACAAAGUCGACAUCUACUGCCCCCAGUACUCCUCUGCCGCCGUCGAUGAUCGAACAGAAACCUUCUCGACCGACAAGCACUACCAAACAAUCUACAUGGUCGACGAAGAAAGCUUCAAUUCUUGCCGACUUGGCGACUUCCGAAGCUUCAAAAAGAUCAUGACCUGUUCUCAACCCGUCAGAGAGAAGAAAUUCACCGUCAAGUUCCAGGAAGUCAGCCCAAGCCCCUUCGGACUCGAGUUCAAACCCGAUGUCGACUACUUUUUCAUCUCGACUUCCAAUGGCGACCAAGCAACUCUCGAUCAAAAAGAAGGCGGCGUCUGCUCAUCCCAUUCGAUGAAAAUGCGAAUCUCAGUCCAUCGAGGAGACGAAACCGGCAUCCAGCGAAUAACCGAGUCUACAGUCGACAGCUACAGUAACGACUUUGCUUCUUCUGCAACUGACAAGACCAGUGUGCCCGUCCAAUUUCUCGAGCCCGAGAUGGAGAAGCAAGAAGCCCUGCCAAACGCGAUGAUUAUUGGCAUUGUUGUCGGUCUUCUUCUUGUUGUCCUCUCCGUCAUCAUCUUCCUCCUCGCUCGUCGAGUCUUCAUGGCUGGCAAGGGCUCCGACAGCUUUCCGACCAUGUCCGACUACCAGUCCUCCUACGUCGAGAAAUACGACCCAAGCCUCUCGCCCCAGUCGAUGCUCAACUACUCGCCUGGCUACCCCAACUCUCCCCAGGGCGCUCCCCAGCAAGGCGGCCCCACCGGCGCGAUCGUCGAUCUCUACCCCGCCGGUCGAGUUGCUGCUCCAUCCAGCUACGCCGCCGUCCAUAUUCCCCAGCCAAUGAGCGAAGGAGCCGAGUUUUCCUACUUCGAUGGCAGCCAAGUUCCAAGACUCAGCUCGAGAACCAAUGAUAUCGUCAUGGUUUGA